UAUGGCUCCUAUCGAUAGUAAUAUAUCCAGGCUACAACUUCAAAUAGUUAAGUGUAGAGGGAUAAAACAUAUAGCGCUUUCAAAUCUACACCACUUUCUACUAAAAUGGUGUCUCGGUUUUACAUUUUAACGUCUAGUUCCGAAUUUAUAUCGUUGCACGUUUUUAUCUUCAUCCUGUGAUGAAAUCUUGACAAUUUUUUUUUAAGAAAAACAGACACUUUUUGAGAGCUUCGAGUAUGUUUUGCCUUCGUAUUCAUAAAUAGUUGUUUUUUUUAGCCUAAAACGUAGAAGUGUACCAAGUAAAGAUUGUUUUUGAGAUACUAGGUUUAAGAUUUGAACCUAAAAAUUAAACUCUAUUGAAAAAAACUGAAAAAACAUUAUUUUAUAUUUUCCCUUUUUUUCGUCUUUUUCCUGUUAAAAAUUUAUAUUUUUUAUUUAAAAUAAAUAUGCUAUGAAUUACUGGCUUUCCAAUUAUAUAAAAAUCACAAUUAUGAUUUACGUAUUUCAUGUAUCAACAGAUUUCGGCAUGGUUCGGCAAAAUACAGUUCAAGCUGUCAAUCAACAUUGGCGGGAGCGCUCAUAAAACGAUAGAGAAAUUAUAGAUUUUUUAAUAAUGUUUAUACAUGAUUGUGGACAGUUUAUAAGCUUAUCUUUAGGAAACAUAAAAAUAUAAAACUAUAUGGAAAAAAAUACUUCACAAUGCAAAUAUUUUGUAUAUGGAGCAUGUUCGAAAGGAAAAUCUUGCAUCUAUGCGCAUGACUUAAAUGCGAAGAAAGAUAAUGUAUGCAAGUUCUAUCUUGCUGGAACAUGCACGUAUGGUGCCACAUGCCGUUAUGACCAUGUGAAACAGAAACAAAAAGUUUUGAAACCAACUACUUUAUCAAGUCAGAUUGAGAAAACGGGAAAUUUGUGCGUAUUGAAAAAGAAAAUUACUGCGAAGGAAUUUAAUCAAAAUUGGAUACAAGCGGCCGAGUUUAUUCCUGGUAAAAAGUAUCAUGCAUCAACAGAAGAAGAAGAAGAACCGAAAGAGCUUUCCCCCCACAAGACAGUAUCAACUGAAAUGCCUUAUUCGACGAUCGCUUCUUUAAACUUGGACGAUUUUUACGACUCGAGUGUACAAGAAGAAGAUUGUAGUUUUACUUACGAAGGUGAUAGUAGUGAUUUGCUUUGUCCUUUUGCAGCUGUACGUGAGUGUCCAUAUGGAGAAAGUUGCGAAUAUCAACAUGGUGAUAGAUGCGAUAUCUGCGACUUACAAUGUCUUCAUCCAAACGAUGAGAAACAACGAUCAGGUUUUGAAAUAAGACGGUUGCGUAUGUUAGUGCUUACUGUUAAAUGCAGGUUUAAUUUAAUAUCAUUUCUCGUAGAUCAUCGAAGUAAGUGUCUGGCUCAUCAUGAGGAUGAGAUGAAACGUGCUUUCGCUGCGCAGAGAAGCGACGGCGUGGUAUGUUCCAUUUGUUUGGAUGUCGUGAAAGAAAAAUCCGACAUGACGGAGAGGAUGUUUGGUUUGCUAGAGAAUUGUGAUCACGCAUUUUGUUUAAGUUGUAUUCGAAACUGGAGAUCGUCUUCACAUCAGGAUAAAACUGUCGUCAGAUCAUGUCCAAUUUGUCGGGUUUCGUCGUGGUUUGUCACUCCAAGUGAGUUCUGGAUAAGCGAUGCUGAAGAAAAGAAAACCAUCAUUGACAACUAUAAGAACUAUCUUAGUACGAAAUCUUGUCGAAAUUUUGAUCAGGGGCGAGGUGAAUGCCGUUUUGGUUCAAGCUGUUUUUACAAACACGAAUUUCCUGAUGGAAAUCUCGAUGUCAGUAAACCAAAUCUUCGAUACCGUGAAAAUUCAGAGGGUCUGUCGCAAGCGCUUCAAACAACAAGGUUGAGUGAAUUUAUCGCUGUUCGUGAUGCCACGUAAACGUGCAUUUUAAAAUGUGACGCAAGCAAAUGUCAUGGUAUUGAUUGGGUAGUAAAUGUUUAGUUGCAGAUAAUUGAUUCCCAUUGAUACUUCAAAAUGGAUUCUUUAAUCAAGUUAUCGUCAGCUCGGAUGUUUCCGCAGUUGCUUUGUAAUGGGGAACGUAGAAAUAAUAAAGACACAUUAGUAUAAGGACAUUAUAAUUUAUAUGGACAUGAGAAAUAUUCAUUUAUUUUUGUUUCUAAAGAAUAAUUUUGUUAA